AUGGAGAAAGCAUCGUCGAACUUGAGUCCGCUCGCAGAGGAAAGCUCGGAAAAUGAGCAGCAGCGAAUUCCCAAGGCACAAGACGAUGAUUCCGCAAAGCCGCCGCCACCGGUCUCUGCCUUCGACUCCGUUCCCGAUCGCCCUGCUUCUCAGAGUUCCUUACAUAAAUUCUCUCCGAUAGAUGGGAAAGAGUUCUUCGACCGAGAGGAAGAUAUUCACAUUCCUGAUUCAGACGAUGUAUUUCAUGUGUAUAUGGCAGGAUCUGAAGGACCAGUUGUUUUUUGUCUACAUGGAGGUGGUUAUUCUGGGCUUUCUUUUGCCCUAUCAGCUGCUCAAAUUAAAGAGAAAGCUCGGGUGGUUGCUAUGGACAUGAGAGGACAUGGCAAGACAUUCACAGAGAAUGAGCUUGAUCUAUCCAUUGAGACAAUGUGCAAUGACGUUAUCGCUGUCCUGACUGCAAUGUAUGGAAGUUCUCCUCCAGCAAUUAUACUCGUUGGCCACAGCAUGGGUGGUUCUGUUGCUGUCCACGUUGCUGCAAAGAAGGCGAUUCCUAGCUUGGCUGGCCUGGUUGUGGUUGACGUUGUAGAGGGAACUGCAAUGGCUUCACUAAUGCACAUGCAGAAGAUCCUAUCAAGCAGGAUUCAGCAUUUUCAAAGCAUAGAAAAAGCAAUAGAAUGGAGUGUCAAAGGAGGUUCCUUACGGAAUAUUGACUCUGCUCGAGUAUCUGUUCCUACAACAUUGAAGUAUGAUGAUGCCAGGAAAUGCUAUGUUUAUCGAGCACGGCUGGAGGAAACUGAACAAUACUGGAGAGGAUGGUAUGAAGGCCUCUCUGAAAAGUUCUUGUCAUCCCCGGUUCCAAAGCUCUUGCUUUUGGCUGGAACAGACAGAUUAGACAGGGCUCUCACAAUAGGCCAAAUGCAAGGGAAGUUCCAAAUGGUGGUUGUCAGACACACCGGGCAUGCUAUUCAGGAAGAUGUUCCGGAUGAGUUCUCGACGUUGAUUGGUAAUUUCAUAUCUCGCAAUCGCAUAGGCCCUAAUGGAGUCGAGAUACCGGUUCUUCGUCGACCGAGCACUCAGUCACAAAAGUAG